AGAACAAAUCAAAUAUCACAAUGUCUGUCUAUAAGAAAAUAUCAAUCAAUUAUUACAUUACAAAGUCGAAGAGGAUUAGGAAACCCAAAUCCUUAGAUUUUUUUUUGUAUAAUAAAUUGAACAAACUUCAACGCCGUUUCUUCUUCUUCUUCGUCAUCGCUCGAUUAAUCUCUCUCAAUCAAGCAACCUUCGCUUCAGAGGAGAUCUCAGUGUGGUUUGCGAAUUAUCAAUCAAGAAUCAGCAAUGUUGAAUCGGCUGUUCGGGAAACCAAAGCAGGAGACUAAUACUCUCCAAACAUUAGACAAGCUUAACGAGACUCUUGAGAUGUUAGAGAAGAAGGAGAAUGUUCUCUUGAAAAAAGCUGCUGGAGAGGUUGAGAGAGCGAAGGAAUUCUCCCGGGUGAAGAACAAACGCGCGGCUAUACAAUGUUUGAAAAGGAAGAGGUUAUAUGAGCAACAAGUUGAACAGCUUGGGAAUUUCCAGCUCCGUAUUCAUGAUCAAAUGAUUAUGUUAGAAGGUGCCAAAGCAACAACAGAGACUGUAGAUGCUUUGAGGACUGGAGCUUCUACAAUGAAAGCUAUGCAAAAAGCAACAAACAUUGACGAUGUUGACAAGACAAUGGAUGAGAUCAACGAGCAAACUGAUAACAUGAAACAGAUCCAGGAAGCAUUGUCAGCUCCAUUUGGAUAUGGUGCUGAUUUCGAUGAGGAUGAAUUGGAAGCAGAACUUGAAGAACUAGAAGGCGCGGAGCUAGAAGAGCAACUUCUUCAGCCAACAGGACCCGCUCAAAACGGUAUACCUCAGAAGCAACCUGCUCGUCCUGCAACUCAGAAGCAACAAACCGCUGAUGAAGAUGAACUCGCUGCAUUACAGGCUGAGAUGGCUCUCUAAAGGUAUAACCUUUUCAACGUCUCAUAUUAAAAACAAUCAAAACCCAUUGAAGAAUCAUAUAGUUAGUUAAACAACGGCUGUUGUUUCUUGCAACUGAAGCUGGUCUUGGAAGAUGAGAUUUGGGUGUGCAUUAUUUUUAAAACAGAAAGGAAGAUUAUAUAUGUAUAUAAGGAUCCGAGUCAAAUUGAUCGGAGAAAUUAUAUUUAUAUACAAUUGGCUCAUGAGCUUUAUUUAUAAACUGCAUUUGAAUGUUUCUUUAACA